AAACCUCGGUUCCGGGCUGCCCAGUGCUUUCUCUGUCGACUCAUUAUUAUUAACAAUAAUCGACUUCGGAGAAAAAAUUUUCCAAUCUUCAAGAUGGAAGUUGAAGCGUCAUCCCCCUUAGCUGCGUUACAACCACCUUCGUUCCACCGCUCGCCAUGGUCAUUGGCGAGCGGAGGCUUCCCAUCAAAAUCUCCUCGCCGGGGUGUUUCCUCCAAUAUUUCGGAUUCGUUGUUCGGGCCGAAAUUAAAUGUGAGGUCGGGAAUGGAGGGCACGAGUUAUUUCGAUUUGGGUUCUCGAUUAGAAUCAUCCCCUACAUCGAGUCUGGUUGCGGACCUGUCGCAGAACUUCCACAUUGACAAAACGCCCCAGCACCCAACACCUAGACGUUCUCUCUUCCCAUUUGGCCUUCACGGGCGUUCGUCUGUCACAACGCCUCCAAUUCCUACUUCAUCGCCAAUCGGUGAUGCUAUGGAUAUUUCUCCUCUGCCCCACAAACCCGCGUUUCAGGCAAUGCGUACUCCUAUGUCUCCUACACCGGACUUGAGCAUGAGUAUAUGUUCGAGUCCGCCAAGUGUCGUUCCCGAGCUUCCUCGAAACGACCCACCGUCAAGGAGACCAGGGCUCGCUGAACGCAAGAGAUCAAACUUUACACGACCUCCAUUGCCGAGGCACAGCCGCCACACAUCUGGAGGCGUCUCCUUCAAGUCUACUAGCUCUCACAGCACACCCACGCUCUUCGGUAGAGCUGCUACUGCUCCUCAGAUAAAAUUGGAGGAACUCUUUGGUGAUUCCCCCACACGGGAUGAGAAGAAGAUUGGGUUUCCUGGUAUCAUGGCUUCUCCGCCGCCGGCGAAGCCCUUUUCUAUGUCGAACGUUGUGGGAAACAGUGGAAGCAAUUUCGCUUUUGACGGCUCACCAGUUGCUCCCCUCAACCGCCCCAAGUUCAACCGUCCUAAGGGAAAAGUUAGACGCACUUUGAGCAUGUUCGAGCACCCUGAAGAUGUUAUGCAACGCGCCGGGGAGACGCCUAAGGUUUCCAUGUCACCACCCAAGGCAUCACCAGGCGAGAAUUCAACCCUUCCUUGCUUUACCAUCAAGGAUGAUCCCUUGAGGCGUAUCAAUAGAUCAGUCAUGUGCCGGGUCAUGGAUGGUGAAUAUAAGGAACACUAUGACGAGAUCUUCGUUGUUGACUGUCGUUUUGAGUAUGAGUAUGAUGGCGGACACGUUGCUGGUGCCAUCAACGUCAACUCUACUGAGAAUUUGGAGAAACUAUUUUUUAAUGAACCAAAAACAGAAAGGGUUCUCAUCGUCUUUCACUGCGAAUAUUCUGCUCAUCGCGCGCCUAGAAUGGCUCUCCACCUCCGAAGCCGCGAUAGACAGCUAAAUAUGCACCGCUAUCCUGCCCUAUUCUAUCCUGACGUGUAUAUCCUUGAUGGCGGAUAUUCGUCCUUUUUCCAGGAACACCAUGAGCGAUGUGAGCCUCAGCAAUAUGUUGAGAUGAAUGAUGCGUCCCAUCGCCAGGCGUGUGAGAAGGAAAUGGGCAAAUUCCGCAGGAAUACCAAGUUUGGGCGCACACAAAGCUUUACUUUUGGGUCUCACCACCACGAUAAUGUCGAGAGUAGCCCAAGUGCCAACUUUGGAAAGCGUUCCACCGGUGGAUGUUCGAAGGAGGGAAUGGAAUCAUCUUUCGGUUCUCGGCAACGUUCCGAGACAAGAAGGAUGGUCUCCUACUAA